AUGUUUGAAAAAAGUGGGAAUAGCAAUGCUGAGCACGGAGACUUGUCAUCUCCCCCUCUGGCUGGAGUGCCCAGAAGAGUAGGAAGGUGGAAAAGUGCCAGCCAGGAUUCUUCUGAGAUUGGCGUGACAAGCAGGAUACUGGCCAUGCGUGCUGUGUGGCAAUCCGAUGCCUACUGUGGCUUCUGCACUGCAGAAGCGGUGUCCAUGCAGUCCCAGAAAUCCUGGAUUGAAGGUGUCUUCAGUAAAAGAGAAUGUGCAAAAAUUGUACCAAGUUCCAGAGAUCCCCACAGGUGUCCUGCAGGAUGUCAAGUAUGCCAGAACUUAAUCCGAUGUUGCUGUGGAAGGCUAAUUGGUGACCAUCCUGGGAUAGAUUACAGUUGGCCCAUCUUUCAAUCUGCAAGGAAUAAAGAGAAUGAAGAAUGGUCAGUCCAAAAGGACACAAAGAUAAGCGCAACUGAUGCCUUUGGUACCAUCAGUUUCCAAGAUGGUGAUCACACUUACCAUGCCAAGUAUAUUAGAACUUCUUAUGAUACCAAGCUGGAUCAGCUGCUGCAGCUCAUGGUGAAGGAAUGGCAGAUGGAAUUGCCAAAACUGGUCAUUUCUGUCCAUGGCGGCAUCCAAAACUUCAAACUUCCAUAUAAACUUAAGCAGAUUUUCAGCAAAGGCUUGGUCAAAGCUGCUGAGACUACUGGAGCAUGGAUACUAACAGAAGGCAUAAACACUGGAGUGUCCAAGCAUGUGGGAGAUGCACUGAAGGUCCAUGCUUCUCAGUAUUUAAGAAAGAUUUGCACUGUUGGAAUUCCUCCUUGGGGCAUGAUUGAGAACCAAAGAGACCUCAUUGGAAAAGAUGUAGUCUGCCGGUAUCAAAUGCUGAGCAAUCCUCUCAGCAAGCUAAGCACCCUCAACAACAUGCAUUCCCAUUUCAUACUGGCGGAUGAUGGCACAAUGGGAAAGUAUGGCAAUGAGAUGAAACUCAGACGAAAUCUGGAGAAAUACCUAUCACUUCAGAAAAUACACACCCGAAUGGGACAAGGAGUGCCCGUAGUUGGGCUGCUGGUGGAAGGUGGUCCAAAUGAGAUCCUGACAGUAUGGGAAUACGUGAGGGAAAAACCAUCUGUCCCUGUUGUGGUGUAUGAGGGAACUGGGAGAGCAGCUGACCUUCUUGCCUUUACCCAUAAGCACACAGCUGAUUUGAUGAAUUUGAGCCCUCAGAUUAGAGAAGAGAUAUUAAUGAUGAUUCAGAAUACUUUCAGUUUCAGCCAGAAACAGUGCCAUCACCUGUUUAAAAUUUUAAUGGAAUGUAUGGAACACAGGGAUUCUAUAACCAUAUUUGAUGCUGAAUCAGAUGAACAUCAGGACAUUGAUCAGGCAAUACUGACUGCACUCUUAAAAGGGACCAGCAUGUCCCCUCCAGAUCAGCUAAAUCUAGCAUUGGCUUGGAACAGACUGGACAUUGCUAAGAAGCAUAUAUUGGUAUAUGGGCAGCAUUGGAAGGUUGGCUCCCUGGAACAAGCCAUGGCGGAUGCUUUGGUAAUGGACCGUGUAGAAUUUGUGAAAUUGCUAAUAGAACAUGGAGUGAAUCUGCACCGUUUUCUUACCAUAUCCCGACUUGAAGAACUUUACAAUAUUAAACAAGGGCACACAAAUCAUCUCCUGCAUCAUCUUGUCUGUGAUGUGAAACAGAGCACUCUUCCAAUGGAAUAUAAAAUAUCACUGAUAGAUAUCGGGCUGGUAAUAGAAUACUUGAUUGGUGGAGCCUAUCAGAGCAGCUAUACAAGAAAAGACUUCAGAAUUCUAUACAAUAGCCUUUACAGGAAACAUAAGCACUUCUCUCUUCACCAGCAUAAUCAGAUGGGGAGUAGAGGCGGAUCUGUUGAAAACACCUUGCAUUCUCAGUUCAUCAGAACAGCACAACCAUACAAAUACAAAGAAAAAUCAGCUGAUCUUCAUAAAUACAGGAAGAAACUCAAAGAUGAAUUUACUUUCUCUGAUGACCAAGAAUCUCCUGGCUUUAUUUACCCCUAUAAUGACCUCUUGGUUUGGGCAGUGUUGAUGAAAAGGCAGAAAAUGGCCAUGUUCUUCUGGCAGCAUGGAAAGGAAGCAAUGGUCAAAGCUGUGGUGGCUUGUAAACUCUACAGAGCCAUGGCACAUGAAGCCAAACAAAGCAACAUGGAGGAUGAUACUUCAGAAGAGUUGAAGAAGUAUUCAAAUGAAUUUGGGCAGCUGGCUCUAGAUGUGCUGGAGCAUGCAUUCAAACAGAAUGAGCAGAUGGCCAUGAAGCUGCUGACCUAUGAGCUUAAGAACUGGAGUAACUCCACAUGCCUGAAGCUGGCUGUGUCGGUGGGUUUGCGACCUUUUGUGUCUCACACAUGCACACAGAUGCUGCUAACUGAUUUGUGGAUGGGCCGCUUGAAAAUGAGGAAGAAUUCCUGGUUUAAGGUGAUUCUAAGUAUUCUUCUGCCCCCGACCAUCUUCAUGCUGGAAUUUAAAAGUAAAGCGGAAAUGUCACAUGUCCCUCAGUCACAGGAGUUCCAUCAGUUCACACGGGACCAGGGAGAUCUGAACACAUCCAGUAUGAAAGAUGACUUUACAUGGAACAACCACGAUUUAGAAUAUGGAGCUGAGGAACAGGACCAAAGGCAGACUUUCCCUGCAAACCACGAUCCAGGAAGCCUUCCUUGGACUAGGAAAAUCUAUGAAUUCUACAGUGCUCCUAUUGUCAAGUUCUGGUUCCACACGAUGGCAUAUUUAGUAUUUCUCAUGCUGUUCACUUACACCGUCUUGGUGGAGAUGCAGCCAACACCCAGCGUGCAAGAAUGGCUUGUGAUCAUCUACAUUUUCACCACUUCCAUUGAGAAAGUCAGAGAGGUGUUCAUUUUAGAGCCAGGAAAGUUCAGCCAAAAGGUGAAAGUGUGGAUUUAUGAGUACUGGAAUUUUACAGAUACUAUUGCUAUUGUCUUGUUCAUGACUGGUUUUGGCUUGCGCUGGAGAGAUCCUCCACUUCAAACAGCAGGAAGAUUAAUUUACUCUCUGGAUAUAAUAUUCUGGUAUGCCAGGCUCCUUGAUUUCUUUGCCGUGAAUCAGCAUGCAGGUCCAUAUGUGACAAUGAUGGGGAAAAUGGCAGCAAACAUGUUCUAUAUUGUAAUUAUAAUGGCCAUAGUCUUGCUAAGUUUUGGCGUUUCCCGAAAAGCAAUACUUUCUCCACACGAGCAGCCAUCCUGGACUCUUGCACGAGAUAUUGUCUUUCAGCCAUAUUGGAUGAUAUUUGGUGAAGUAUAUGCUGGAGAAAUUGAUGCUUGUGAAUCUGACUCAGACUGUCCUCCUGGUUCCUUCCUCACACCGUUCCUCCAGGCUGUUUAUCUUUUUGUACAGUACAUCAUAAUGGUCAAUCUGUUGAUAGCUUUCUUCAAUAAUGUUUAUUUUGAUAUGAAGUCCAUAUCGGACAAACUCUGGAAGUACAACCGUUACCGAUACAUCAUGACGUAUCAUGAAAAACCAUGGCUACCACCCCCAUUCAUCAUACUGAGCCAUAUUGGCAUCCUUGUAAAUCACCUCUGUCACCGCCGGCUGCCAAAUGAAUUGGAUCAAGAAGAAGAGCAUGUUGAACUGAAGCUGUACCUGAGUGACGAAGAACUAAAAAGACUUCAUGAUUUUGAAGAACAGUGUGUGGAAAUGUACCUUCAUGAGAAGAAUGAGAGUCUGCAUUCCAGCGACAGUGAGAGGAUUCGUUUUACAACUGAAAGGGUUGAGGAAAUGUUUUCACAACUGAAGGAAGUGUAUGAGAAAGUAUUUUACAUCAAAGAUGCUUUGCUUGCGCUGGACAGCCAGCUAGGACAUUUACAGGACCUCUCUGUUUUAACGGUCGAUACUCUGAAAGUCAUCUCAGCUGUGGAUACUUUGCAAGUUGAGGAGGCCCGUCUUGCGGAUAAGAAAUAUCAAGCCUGUAGGAAGCUUCCUCAUAGUUGGAGCAAUGCUGUGAAUUCGAAUGCUUUGAGUGUUCUGGAAAGUAUGAGCAAUAAUUACAGUUAUUACAGCAUGCCACCUUCUCUUCAGAAAAGCUUGGCACCAAGCCAUUGGCUAUCAAGACUUGGUCAACACAUCCUCAGUGCCCUAGAUUACCAUGAGAUCGAAGUGACUGAUAAGUGUCAGGAGAUGAAAAGCGAUACUCUAACCUCAGGGGUAUCAUCAGAGAGUAAAUCAACCCCUAGAUUUGGACAGUUUCUUCUCAUUCCUUCUGGUCAACAAGGAUCCUCUGAAGACGUUGGCUUAGAUUUCGCCUUUUCAUGCUCUCUGAAUGAGCUUAGAGAAAAUAGACUGAAGGUUAACCACCAAACCAAGCAUGAUGGCACACAUGUUCAGCUGAAUGUACACAGUGUUGCUGCUGAUGCUACAGGAAAGCCAGUUAUCAGCCAAGGAGUGGAAUUUUCAUCAUCUGAGGUGGUUGGCGAGACUGUUUCUGGACACUGUGUUCCAGUGUUCCAGAGUGUUCCUAGCAUGGUCAAUGACAUCUCUCAACCUUCUCAUCAUGAGGAACCAGGAGGAGGUUAUGUAAAUUGGGGAUUCUCGGAUGAUGAUGAAAAGGGUUUUGAAAGUAGCAGCCCAAGGCAGCAGCCAAGCAUAUAUCCUGCUGAUCAUUAUGACCACAGUUCUAGUCCUCAGCACAAGCCAAUAAAGAAAUCCAAAUUAUUCUGCCACAGCUCUGACAAAUCAGGGUACAGUAGUGAUUGCUCACAGUCUCGUCUUCAGCGCAGUGCAUCAGUCUUGAUCGGCUCACUUAGGAAGAACUGGUCCUUUCAAGAAGGAAGUGGCUUUUGCUCCCACACUGCAGAGAAAAACUUUGAUGAAAGAACUAUCAAGAUCUGUGGAGCUAUGUCAGUCAGUACGGGCAAAAGCAAGAUCUGGAAGAAGAGAAAGAAAGUCUUUGAAGAAGAAACAGAAAACUCUUCAGGUACCAUUCAAAACUCUCACGCUAAAAUACCCAAACACUCUUCUAAAGCCCACCCAUCUUUGCAAGUGACUACUACCUACAAGGGACCACCUCCCUCUGUUGAUCCACAAAGGCAGUCUACAUACCAGCUUCCUCCAAUACAACAAAUUCAAGCUGUACCGAGUACACCAAGACCUAGAGAUCAAUCACCUUCUUCAUCUUCACUAUCUAGUCAAGAGUUAAAUUCCGAUACCUCUCAAGAAUCACUGUGUAAUUUACCGACACCAACAUCAGACGUUAACGAAUAUCAUCCGCCUUCAGCUUCCGAAAACUUUACAUCAUACUCUCAAUUAGUAUCUAAAAUGGCUAAAUCUUUCCAACUUCAUAUCGAAGAGCCUCCACCUUCCAAACCAGAUUUAAUUUUUGAUGAUCUCACUCAGGAAUUAAUCAAGGAGUCAUGGGAUAAACCUCCAUCUUCUUUACAGAUACCCAGAGGCAUGGAAAAUCACUAUAAAACACAUGGACCAGAUACCGGAUUUUUGUCAAAACACUCAACACCUAAUUCGAUAAUUGUUGAGUCCAAUCAGUCUAAAGCCCGUAAUAAAUCUUCAGUAGCACCUACCAAUAGAGAGGGUAGAAAGCUAGAUAUACUAGGAAGAUGCCCACAUUCACUCACCUCCUUCAUCCUUCGAGUUUUGAAUUACCAGGCAGCAAUGGGCGCAUACAAAAAACAACUUUGGAGUAAAAUUCUCCCUAUUCUUGAAUUGGCCCUGGAAUCAGACAAUCAACAUCGGCACCGUCAUCCUUUCAAAACCAACAGCAACAGCAUCGACAGUCCUUUCGGCGACCCCAGAAAAAGGAUGAUCACAGUAGACAGUUGUCCACAAAGCACCCAAGUUAGUUCAGAGCCAUGGGAGACCAGAAUUUUAGGGAAUGAACAGGAACACAGAACUAAUUGGCUAAAUGUGUCUCACUUCAAUGAGCUAGGUUUGGAUCAGAUCAACUGUAUGCAUCAGAAAAGGAAAAAUCAAGAAACAGCAAGGCACAUGGUACAGAUCUGUGACUAUCUAAGGCAGUCGCAAGAGGAUUUAAAUAACAGUAUGACUUGGAGUCGGAAAACCAGGAUGAAUAAUCUGAGUAGGAACCACUCGUUGGGAAGCUCAGAUGAAGAUGACAAAAUCUCAUCCUCCUUAAAAAACCCUCAAGAUCUGCACCAUCAUUACUCAGCUGUUGAACGGAACAACUUAAUGAGGUUGGCUCAAACGAUACCUUUCACGCCCGUACAGCUUUUUUCUGGUGAAGAAGUGACGGUCUAUAGAUUAGAAGAAAGUUCACCUUUGAACCUUGCAAAAAGCGUAUCUUCAUGGUCCCAGCGUGGCAUGGCUGCUAUGAUUCAGGUUUUAUCUCGGCAGGAGAUGGAUGGGGGCCUGCGGAGAGCUGUGAAAGUUGUCUGCACUUGGUCUGAGAAUGAGGUGCUAAAGGUGGGGCAGGUGUUCAUUGUAAAGUCUUUCCUUCCUGAGGUGGUUCAGACUUGGCAGAACAUCUUCCAUGAAGGGACAGUGCUCCGUCUUUGCCUCAGAGAAAUACAACAGCAAAGAGCAGCUCAGAAGCUGAUCUAUACCUUCAAUCAAGUGAAGCCACAUACCAUUCCACACACUCCAAGGUUCUUAGAGGUCUUCUUAAUUUACUGCCAUUCAGCCAACCAGUGGCUGACAAUAGAGAAGUACAUGACGGGAGAGUUCCGCAAGUACAAUAACAACAACGGAGAUGAGAUCACACCCCAUAAUUUGCUGGAAGAAACUAUGCUGGCUUUUUCUCACUGGACCUAUGAGUAUACCCGGGGAGAGCUCCUUGUACUGGAUUUGCAAGGUGUUGGAGAGAACCUUACAGAUCCAUCUGUUAUUAAACCUGAAGACAAGCAAUCUAGAAGGAUGGCUUUUGGCCCAGCAAACCUUGGGAAGGAAGCAAUCAAAAACUUCAUUUCAAAGCAUCGCUGUAACUCUUGCUGCAGGAAAUUCAGACUUCCCGAUUUGAAAAGAAAUGACUACACACCUGGAAGGCUGAAUUUGUCUUUUGAUGCUGGAACUGAAACAGUGGUAACAGCAGGAGAUGAAGCUGCUAACAGUUGUAAUGAGGAGCAUGUGGAGUAUUGUAGUCGACUGUGAUCCAGGGGGUUGGCAAGCAGGAACUAACCACCUGAGUUCUUGAAUAUUUGUACCCAAGAUUGAGUUUGUCUGCAGAGACAAACAUUUUGCCUUGUAAAAGGAAAUGAAAGCUAUUUAUAACAUGCGUAUGAAGAGUCCGAACAGAUUUCCAAUGGAAAAGGAACCUCUUUAGUUACUGCUAUCAGUGCAUUUUAGCUUGUAUUGAUUUUUCCUGAGAUUAUCCAUGAAAGUCACUGGGAUCAUUGGGAGUGAUGCCAUUUAUUCAUAUUUUAUCAAAGUUGCUGAUGAAAAGUUACUGAUGGUAAAAGAGAAUAAUGACAAUGGAACAAGCAGAUGAUUUUUUUUAAACUUCUGUCUUUCUCCUCUCCUCUCCUCCUGGAUGGGCAGACACUGCCAAUCCAACAUUGUCAUGGAGCCACAGCAAAAACUGUGCUGGUUCCAUUCACCUUCUAAUCCCCACACACACCU